GAAGAACAUCCAGACUGCAGCACAGUUUGAGAGAUGGCGGCUCCCAGAAAGAUAGCGUUGUUUCGCCUGCCUCCCCUGCCCACCAUUGGGGAGGUAAUCAAGCUGUACAACCUGAGAGCAUUGAAACAGCUGUCCCAGAACUUUCUGCUGGACAUGAGGCUCACAGUGUACCGGACUGCAGUGCCCGCGUAGGCUUGUCUACAAGCAACAGAUACUACUGAUGUGAUUCUAUCAGUGAUGCAGUGCUGCAGAUCUGUUCUGGUGCCCUUGAACAAGGUUUCUGUUUUAGAUGUAAGUACAAAAGAAGCUUAGCCAACUUUGCCAAGGAGCGAUAGGAGCCAGGCAUAUGGUAAAAUACAGUGCCCCGGCCAACCUUUAUUUUGCUUGCAAGACAUAUGGAAGACACUGUUGUUGAAAGGCAUGUAAGAUCGACUUGAUACAUUGUUCACCUUAAUAUACCCAACCCAUUCCAAUGUUUGUAAGUAAUGCACCCUGGUCACUGUGUUUUCUGAACUGUGUGUGUAGAUCCCGUGUGGUCCCGUGUGGCUCAGUUGGUAGAGCAUGGCGCUUGCAACGCCAGGGUUGUGGGUUCGUUUCCCACGGGGGACCAGUACAACAAAACAAAAAAAGUAUGAAUGUAUGUACUUGUAAGUCGCUCUGGAUAAGAGCGUCUGCUAAAUGACUCAAAUGUAGAUAAGAUUGUACGCCAGGAAGGCAGUCUGAGGGACGCCCAUGUGUGUGAGGUGGGUCCAGGACCUGGAGGGCUGACCCGCUCCAUCCUCAAUGCUGGGGCUGCAGACCUGCUGGUGGUGAAGAAGGACAACCACUUCAUACCCGGACUAAACGUAGCUACAGGAGACCAUGCAGGAAGAGUUUGUCUUUAAAAUAAUUGCCCAGAUUGGAAACAGUAAAUACUCAAGUGCCUGUAAUAUGCAAAUUCCAUGUCCACAGCUUUUGUCUGAAGCGGCACCAGGGAAGCUCAGGGUUGUCCAUGGUGAUAUACUCACGUACAGAAUGGACCGAGGAUUCCCAAAAGUCAUAACCAAGAUCCACCGGACCUGCAUAUCAUUGGGAACCUUCCCUUCAGUGUGUCUACUCCUCUCAUCAUCAAGUGGCUGGAGAACAUAUCCAACAGAACUGGACCCUUUGUUUACGGCCGGACCAGACUGACCCUUACCUUUCAGAAGGAGGUGGCAGAGAGGUUGACAGCCAGCACAGCCAGCAGGCAGAGGAGUCGUCUGUCCAUCAUGGCCCAGUACCUCUGUGCUGUCAAGAGCUGCUUCACCAUCCCAGGACGGGCCUUCAUCCCCAAACCUGAGGUGGACGUGGGGGUGGUGCACUUCACCCCUCUGGCUCAGCCCCAAAUCAAGCAGCCCUUCAAGCUGGUGGAGAAAGUAGUCAGGAAUGUCUUCCAAUUCCGGAGGAAGCACUGCCGCAAAGGAAUCGAAAUGCUGUUCCCGGAGACAGAGAGGCUGGAGCUGGCAAAGGUGAUGAUGCAUGAGGCAGACGUGGACCCCACCCUGCGCCCCACGGAGCUCUCCAUCCCUGACAUCAGAGCCCUGGCAGACGCCUACAGCCGCCUCUGCUCUGAGAACCAGGGCCUCCUCACCUACGACUUCAGAGAGGAACUCAGACUCAAACACCUUAACAGGCGAUCAGGCAGCAGCACUCAGCAGCCCCUGACAGAGAGAGAAGCUAGGAGGACAGAGAGAGAGUCUAGGAGGACAGAGGGGAAGGAGUGCCUAAUGGUCUCUGUUAGAGACGAGACAACAGACUGCUCUUAGCUCUAACAUUUCUACCUGGCACACGCAUGCAUUUUUAAACACCAUUUCUCUGGUGUCCCGGGGGUGCUGGGUGAGACACAGGGAAUCGCUGGUGUCCCGGGGGUGCUGGGUGAGACACAGGGAAUCUCUGGUGUCCCGGGGGUGCUGGGUGAGACACAGGGAAUCUCUGGUGUCCCGGGGGUGCUGGGUGAGACACAGGGAAUCUCUGGUGUCCCGGGGGUGCUGGGUGAGACACAGGGAAUCGCUGGUGUCCCGGGGGUGCUGGGUGAGACACAGGGAAUCGCUGGUGUCCCGGGGGUGCUGGGUGAGACACAGGGAAUCGCUGGUGUCCCGGGGGUGCUGGGUGAGACACAGGGAAUCGCUGGUGUCCCGGGGGUGCUGGGUGAGACACAGGGAAUCUCUGGUGUCCCGGGGGUGCUGGGUGAGACACAGGGAAUCUCUGGUGUCCCGGAUGUGAUAGAAUAGAGAGGGACUGUGGUGGAAACGGGGGAGAGCUGAACACUGGCUGGGGUUGGGGACAUUUGGCGUUGGUCCAAACUGGAGUAGCUAACACACAGCUCAGGCACUCCAGUCCAGUUGUAAAGGAAGAAUAGUGUGUGAAAUGACCAGCAGGAGAGUUUUAAGUGGUGAGAAGAGUUUGUAAUGCUCAACCCAUCACGCACCAUGUCCUGGUUCUUACUUCUGAUCCUGAUUUCCCCAUAUGACUUUGUCCUCUGGGAAAUGAGUCCGGAAACAUUUUCAGGACGAUUUGGAGAAUAAGAACACGUUGACGGUAUUCAGGCCAUUCCGCCUCCUUUUUGUCUCACUCACUGGGGGUGUGGAGUGGGAAGUGCUGUUGAGAAAUUGGCAGCUCCUGAUAGGGCUACUAAAAUCCAGAGUGUUUUGUUAAAUAAAGUGCUGGCCAUCUG